CAGAUUGAAGCUUCAACAUGUGGGUGCUGCGCUUGAGUUUUGUGGCAGUUUUGCUGCUGCUGCUGCUUAAUUUAACAAAUGCCAAACGUUUAGCGAAGCCCAGUGCUGAGAAGUUGGAGCAGCUGGCCAGGAUACACAAACUAUAUGGCAAUCGUGUGGUGAACGGCAUGGACGCAGAGCCGGGCCAGGCGCCCUAUCAAGUGUCGAUGCAGGGCAUGUUUGGUGAUCAUAUGUGUGGUGGCGCUAUAAUUGGCGAUAAAUGGGUGCUGACUGCAGCGCAUUGUGUGUAUGGAUACAAUCCUCCCUAUUUACGCAUCAUUACGGGCACGCUGGAGUGGGCUAAGCGUGCGGCUAUUUACUUUGUGGAGGAGUAUUGGGUACACUGCAACUAUAACUCACCAGAUUAUAACAACGAUAUAGCGUUAAUAAUGCUGAACGAUACAAUUAAAUUUAAUGAGUACACUCAGCCCAUUGCCUUGCCGGAUGAGCCUUUGGUCAAUGGCAGCAAGUUGCUGCUAACCGGCUGGGGCUCCACCUCUUAUGGCGGUGAGACGCCCGAUCAGCUGCAACAGGCAUCGCUUACAUACGUUGACUAUCAAACUUGUCAGGAAAUAAUGGAAGGUGAUGAAAGCAAUGGAGUUGGACACAUCUGCACGCUGACGGAUGAAGGACAAGGCGCAUGUCAUGGCGAUUCUGGCGGUCCAGUGGCGGCCAAUGGCUAUUUGUACGGACUGGUCAAUUGGGGUUAUCCUUGCGCCAUUGGCUAUCCAGACAGCUAUGCUAGUGUAUACUUCUAUCGCGAUUGGAUACGACGUACUAUGGCUCAGGAUGAUAAUAGCUGCAAGAGCUGUCACUGCUAUGCCAGCAAUUAUCCUUGGGCGUAAAAAACGAAAUAAAUAUUUAAAAUAAAAUUAGAACAUUGUUGAAAUUUA